UCAAGUCGAACUUUGUUACAUGUUGCAGUCCUGAUUCUUUUUAGAUUUGUACUGUACAAGAAAACCAGCUUUCGAAAUGUCCUACUAGUUCUAGUUCAAGGCGAAAUUACGAGUAAUAUUGUGCUGCCCGUCGGCUGUUCACAAGACCCCAAAAGCAGCCUAACUCGAAUUACGUCAUCUCAGGGGUUGCGUCGGUUGGUCACAGCAACGAUCUGAAUUGACUGACACGAAAAUUCUGGACCCAAUUAACGCGUCCCAUGUCGAACUUUCCUGACAAACACCAUCCACAAACAAACCUUCAGCGACAUCAACACCGAGCGUCCCCCUUUUCCUUGGGCUUGAACCUAUUCAUAACAGCGAUUCAUAUUGGUUGACUUGGCCUGAAUAGUUUCUUUUUUCAAGACCUUUUUUUUCUUUGCGUCCAGCGCAUUACCAAGUCCUUGCCGAUCAAGGGUCUACGGUUACCAUGUCGCAACUGGACACCGAAAAGUUGGGGCUCGUUUUCCAGUCCCGCCCAGACAUUCUCAAUGGGAUAAAGGAAGCUGCCGACAGCCCCGCCCGGGUCGAUCUAUUCAACAACAUCGCCGCUUUUGUUCUGGAGCAGCUCACCGCAGACGCCGCAGACCAACCAGUCUCGAAAAGACGCCGAGUCGAUGUGGAUCAGACCAACGGGACACCAAACGGUAAUGCCAAGACAGAGGGAACAUCAUCAACAGACGUCGUCGCGGAGGCUGCUGCCGAGGAGCUGCAGCUCGAGAUCAAGGACAUCUCCGUGUCGAUCCCUCAACGCAAAAAGUACAACCUGUGCCUCACGAAGCACUUCAUAUUCGCGCGGACCAACGCGGACCCAAAACCAGUUGCAGGCAUGGUUUGGCGGUGGGAGGAUAUAGAGCACGUCUUCUUCCUCCCGGUACCAGAAAAGACACAGCAGCAGUUCAACUACGUCUUCCUCCCGCGCGGCACGUAUCUCCCAGCAUCCAACAACCAGAGCACCACUGGCGCAAAACCACAACAACCUUCCACAUCUGCAGCAGCAGAACCACUUCUCUUCACAAUCCCACAGGCUGCCCCGAAACCAGGCAGUCUCGCCGGCAAGGUCGCUGCCCAGGCCCAGGUCGCCGCCGACAGCUACAGCAGCCUGGUGAACUGGGCCGUGCCUCAGUUCCUGCGCGCCGCCGCCACCCGGCUGGGGCUCUCCUCGCCCGUGGAGAUUGUCGCGUCGGACCCGAAGCAGUUUGCCAGCGCGGUACGACAAUCUCACCGGCCCAGCGAGAAGGCUGUGCACGUCAAGGCGUUCCGGGGCAGCAAGGACGGGUACCUGUUUUUCCUCCGGACGGGAAUCCUUUGGGGCUUCAAGAAGCCGCUCGUGUUUCUGCCUCUCGACCGCAUCGUCUCGGUCAGCUACACGAGCGUCCUGCAGCGGACGUUCAACAUGGUGGUCGAGGUGGACGUCGGGGACGGCGCCACCGAGGAGCUCGAGUUCAGCAUGCUGGAUCAGGAGGACUAUGGCGGCAUCAAUCAGGACUACGUGCACAAGUACAACCUGCAGGACCGGAGCAUGGCGGAGCAGAGGAAGGCAAAGAGGGAGCUGGCGGAGAAUGCCAAGAAGGGCGGUGCCGGGGCGGCGGCGGGUGAAGAUGGCGAGAACGCGGCAGACGAUGGCGAUACAAACAUGGGCGAGCUGCAGAAGGCGGAAAUGGAGGAGGAGCAACGCCUGCAGGACGAAGAGGAUGAAGACGAGGAAGACUACGAUCCCGGUAGCGAUGGAGACAGCGAGGGAGAAGGGACGAGCAGCGAAGAGGAAGAUGGCGACGGAGAUGGUGGUGGUGACGAUGACGAUGAUGACGACGACGAGGGAGAAGAUGAUUUAUGAUGGGGAAUUCUUGGAGAGCAUGUGUGACGAUAGUACUAGGGCGUUGGAGUUUCUGGCUGACGAUGAAUAUUUGCGUAGGUACAUCAGGGUGGCAUGGGACACAUGUAAGAAAACGAUCGUGUGCGUCUUUAUUAAGGGCCGCGGGGGCCAGAACUGGCGACGCUGAACAUACAAAAGAGAAUCUUCCCCAUUACCCUGCCCGUUCCAAGCAGGCAGACCACAGACAUACGACAACAAGCGGGCCCUCCUUGCCAAUAAUCAUUUCAGUCAAUCGCCAGACCCACCAGAGUAUCACACUACUUCCGACCGACCAUCGUCCAAGUGUUGAUGGGCUCAGAGGUACUGUAGACGGUGCUGUAAACCGUCACAUAGACCCAGGACGUGGUGCAAAAGACAGAGGUGCUGCUGGAGGCGGGCAGGGCAGCGGCGUCGGUGCUGGAAGGCGCGCCAGACUCCAUCUCGGUGCCUAUGGGUAAAACCGACCAGUCGGAGCUGAUGGGCGUCGGAACGAUUGUGGGCAGGGGGAAGAUGCCGUCGCUGGACGGGGUGACGGCGCCGGCUGCAUCGCUUGUCGGAAACCAGUCAAAGGACGAGGACGUGGUAUCCAGGCCCAGCGAAUAGGAAGAAGAGGUCGAAGAUGGCACAAUGUCGGUGCAGGUCCAGUAGGUCCCGCACUCGGUCACCUCUGAGGCGAUGGUGCCGCCGAGCGGGGUGCUAAAGGUCAAAAUGCACUCGUGGUAGGAGAAGCAGGGGCCUUGUCUGGUGGACGUCGACGUGUACUCGAAACUUGGCUCGUAGGUCGUCAGUGGAGCGGUUUCGGUGACGGGUGCAGUUGCCGUGACUUCGGGGACUGUAGGGAGACCCGGGUUGCCAAUGGCCGUGGACAAGGCGGCCGAUGUCUCGUCGGUGGGUGCCAAUGGACUGUCCCAGAACACGGUGCUCGAGAGGGUGAUGGUGUCGCCCCAAGAGUCAGUUGUGGUUUUUGUUCUGACCUCGCACUCGAGCAUUGUAUCCAAGAACACAUCAUAGCAUGUCGAGUACGACCGUGUCGUCAUGGGGUCCGUAAACACCGACGUCUCAACUCCCCAGUCGAUGCUUGUAGAGGUAUUCGGGACGUCUGUCAUCACCUCGGUGGGCGGCAGCAGAAAAGUCGCAUCGCUGGUGGGGAGAGCCCCCGACGUUGCUGUUGUGGUCGGCCAGCUUGGAGUCCACAUGGCCGAUGUGCUGGCUGGCAACGGCACCGGGGUUGGCCUCGAGGUGCAUGUGUCCCAGGACGGGCGGCUGCAUUUUCCGGUCAGGUUUUCUGCAGUUGCGUUGCUGGACUGGACGUCGGAGCCGCAAUCCGAGUAGGGGGCGAGUUUCAACAGCUUCUGGUCUGGCUGGUAGAGAGCUGGAUAGGAGGGGGGAAUGAUUAAUACUCAAUGUCAUGAGCUGGGAGUCUUGACGAGAUGAGCAAGACGAGCAAGAUGGCAUGGAACAAACUCACCGACAAGAGCGCGCAGGAAGCUGUCUCCAAGAACCGAGAAUCCAAUGCUGUCGGCGUCACCAACCAGCCCCAAGUAGCACUGGCCUCCCAUGGGGACGUUGCGCCAGAUGAACUCGCGCAUGGGAAUAUUGACAACGACGUCACCAAAGGCAAAGUCCACAGUCUCGGCCGACCCGGCAUAGUGACAACUGACCUUCCACAUCUGCGUGUACGGGUCGAAGCGGGUGCCGGGUAUCAUGGCAGCAGUCCGGUUGGCGGCCGCAAAGGGCAGGUGGGCAAUUGUGCUGCCGGUGUCGACGAGGGUGGGAGUCACAAAGUCCGCCUCGGUGGCCGGUGUCGACUUACAAGAGCCUUUGGAGGUCACGCCCAUGUAGGUCAGAUUGACCGAGUAGCUGCCAGGAUGUGAUGAGUUGAGUCAAACUGGCUUGCACAGGGAACCGGUGGAGGGAAAAAAAAAACUCACUGCAGUACCGAGGCAAAAGGUCCCUCAUCAUCUAGCAUCUGGAUCGACUUGAGUGGACCAAAGUACUUUCUGGUGUCCACGCCACCGAGGACAAUCUCUCCUGACGAAAGCAGCGCAUGUCAGAAGGAGAUAAAAGAAAAAGUCAAGCCAACACCAAGGGUGGAAUCACGAACCAUUUGGUGAUGCAUUGGGUCCAAGACUGACACUGAAAUCCUUGGAGUCAAUCUUGCCUUGUCCUUGAAGCUCAUCCAUAAAGACACUGUCGUAUCCCAGCCCAAGGAUACCCGAGUCCAUGGCAUACGAAUAUGUCGCCACACCGAACUGGACAUUUUCAGCGGAAAGUCCUAUGUUGCCGAAGCAUCGCCGCAAAACCAUCAGUUUUACCCCUGGAAUAUUUCACCACAUACACAACAACUCACCUGCGAUGGAGACGGUGUCCCUCAUGUACCAGCCCUCGACCGUUCCAGAGCCGUAGAUGAUCGAGAACUCAGAAGACAGAUUUUGGGCCGUUAUCGACUGGGAGCUGUUGUAGCUCCCCGACGCCACACAGAUUGCCUGGUGAGACAUGCCGAUGCACUGCGGAUUGAGCCAUGUCUGAUCCGAGCCCGUGUCAAAGAUGACGCUGAUGUUCUGCGGCGGGGUGCCGACCGUCACGUCCACCAUGUACUCGUAGCCAUCAAAGAUGUUGCUGAGGUUGGUCCGUGGGAACGUCCCAUUGGGGCUCUGGAAGUAGUGCUUGACGUGCGGCUGCGGCGGCUGGCCGUGGGUGUUGCGGAUGUUGGCCAGUCUUCGCUGCGCAGAAGGCAUCUCCAUGCGACGAAGGGGUGCUUUGAUGACAUGAGGGGCUGGUGAAGAUGCUGCUUGGAGGUUCUUUGGCCUUGGAGAGCAUGCUGCCAGGCUUGAGAAGCCCGCAAGGGCGAGGACCUUGAGGAACUGCAUCGGCUAUGUUUAAAACGAGAGAAACGGGCUGAGUGCUAUCGCCCCAGAGUGAUGUUAUGUCCCAGCAAAAGAGAGGAUAGCGACACAGCUAGAGGCGGUGAUGAUCCGACAAACUCUCAUGGCCAUGUCUGAGACGUUCUCUUAUAUCACGAAAGCACUUGUACGUCUAUGACCAUUUGCCUUCCCUCGUCCCCCCCUGGUUUUCCACCUCCCGUCUCUUGGACCUGGCUGUGACCCCUUCGGCCCGUGUCAGUUUCGGCAUUUCCAUCAAUGUCACAUCGGGAGCUGUGAAUUUGACCAUUGUGCUUCAUGGAGACGCGAAGCUCGACUAUUGUGCAACAGAAGAGCAAAAUAUCUCAAGAUCUCACCGAAGAUCGGUAACUCCAAAACGAAGGGAUACAAGCUUGUUGCUCAUGAUAGACAAGCUCGACUAAUGGCGUCGUUCUGCUCUCGGAGUAUUUUCCUAGGCCGCUGUGAAGAAUAAGCUCCAAGACUCUUUUUCCCCAUGCCCAGCAUGCUAGGUCCGGAGACUAUCUGGAGUUAAGCAUUAUCUCCAUGAUGCAUUCAUUGGAAUAUUGUGAGCUGACAGAACAUCCCCACCGCGACCGCGAUAGCACUAAUGAUAUGAUUGCUUGGACCAAAUCUGUCAUAUAUGUCAAUCGGCUGCCCUUGCCGAGAGACCUGUGAGAUCACGUCGAUAGACGAGGACGAACAACCCAGCAAGUCGUCACGUUACUCAGUCGAUGCAGCCUGCCGACGGAUCCAAGAUGACAGCAGGUCCUCGCACAAGUGGACAUUACAUCGGUCUUUUUGGGGGACCUUCGCUUCGUAUUUAAUCAAGUCUCCCGUUUUGGUCUCGCAUUCUCCUGUCAAAUUGGAAAAUGGUAACCAUGCGAGAUGGGUCAAGGAACCGAGGGGAUUUCCUUGGUGUCACGACAGCCGGAUUUGACAAACAGAACGUGUACAACAAUGUUGAUGGUUUCGUGAUUGAGUUUGCAAAGAUGCAGCGGCAAAAGGUGACCGUUGCCCAUGAUAUCUGUGAAAGAUUAGUAUACAAUGCAGUAGCUUCAUGCUAAACGAAAUCAACCCAGGCGGCG